UCAGAAAAUCUGUCUUCGAUUCGGGCUUUGCUGCUUACCAGCCAUGGGAUCUCGGGCAAGUUACUCAAUUACUCUGAGCUUCAGUUCCCCUUUCCUAACACACCGUCACCAAAAGCAAAACACACCCCUUCAAAAUCUUAUGUGGAAGAAUUUUGUGAACACCCAUCAGUGACACUCUAGUGAACUGAGAACUGAGUGACCUGAAGGACUGAUCUGAACUGGAAAACGAAGAAAUAGAAGAAUCACAUCAGAUGGGCUAGAGGGAGUACUCAAAUUGAUGAGAUCACAGCUCCAUCCAAGCAUUGAGGUAGAAGCCUCUUGGCCAACUGAGCUGGAAGGUGGAUUUUUUUUCUUUUUUUUUUUCUUUUUUCAAAAAAACGAAAGUAUGUGCCCGUGUCUGUAGAGAUGAUUUGUAGUUCAGCGAGGCUGGAGCUGACCGAAUGAGACUAUGGGCUGUGCCUCUGCCAAGCAUGUUGCCACUGUUCAGAAUGAAGAGGAAGCCCAGAAGGGGAAAAACUACCAGAAUGGAGAUGUGUUUGCUGAUGAGUAUAGGAUCAAACCUGUGGAAGAGGUCAAAUACAUGAAAAAUGGGGCAGAAGAUGAACAGAAAAUAGCAACCAGGAACCAAGAAAACUUGGAAAAAAGUGCCAGUUCAAAUGUAAGACUUAAGCCUAAUAAAGAGGUUCCAGGAUUGGUACAUCAACCUAGAGCAAACAUGCACAUCUCUGAAAGCCAACAAGAAUUCUUCAGAAUGCUGGAUGAAAAAAUUGAAAAGGGUCGUGAUUACUGUUCAGAAGAAGAAGAUAUCACAUAGUGCCAAUUCUACCAGUCAAAACAGGAAUUACUACUGUGUAAAUAGAUUACAACCCAGUUGAGAUCUUUGGGAAGGUCGUCUACAACACACACACAAAAACAGCACUACAUAAUAAAAGAAGAUCGUCUCCAUAUUGUAUGCCCCAUUCACUUACAAUGUUUCUUAAUGAACUUGCAAAGGAAUAUUGCUAAGAACUGUUCUAAAACUUUGUUGCUGCUAGUUAAAACUUGUUGCAACUUUUCACUCCUCUUGUGUCCAGGUAUGCAGCAAAAUUCUAAAAUUUCACCUUACAGACACGGUUGUUCUUACAGAUGCUGCCCAGCUGAUUUUCUAUCAGAUGAAAUAGUGAUGAACUCAAAUACCAAACUUCCAUUUCUAGAAUGUUCCAGCUUCUCUGAUACCUUUUCCCCUCCCCUCCUCUCUUUAAAGCUAUUUGCCAGUCCAGAGAUGGACCAGAAUAUUGCUUCUUUCUGGCGAUUUUGAGCUUGGGAGAUGGGGAUGGUUGCUAUGGCAAGCCUUGUUUCUCCGCUAAGAAGAAAUGGAGAAGCUACUAUCUAUUAAAAGCAUGUUGUCCCACGAAUACUGGAAGUGAUGCCGGAGCAGCAGUUUGCCUCACGUACUAGGUAUCUUAAUCAAGGACUAAGCUUGCAGUUUUGGCUUUGCUCAGAUGCAAAUGGAAGUGUGAUCACAAUCAUUUUGAAUCCCUUUUUUUUUUUUUCCUAAGGAAAUAAACAUUUUACUGUUUUUAUGUAUCUUUGUCUUCUACCAUUCAUCCAGCCCAGUUUUUGUUUUUGUUUUUGUUUUUUUACAAGUAUCUCGCGGGUAGGCAAGUUAAGCACUUUUGUUGCAAGAUGGAUGUUAGGCUAAAUUGCCUCCCUGCCCUUCCCAUUUAUCCUUUCCCAGGUAUUACCAGGGCGAAUGAGAGGAGGCAUAUAUCCCCCUCCUUUUUAGCAUCACACUUUUAUUUUUUGCCACCAAAUAAAGCAUCCCACUUCCUUAUUUCUCCCCCUUACAACAGGUACAGGAACCUUUUCCCUUCUUAUUUUCCUCUCUUUAAGGACUAGUUUGUGUAUCUACAAGGUUUUGACCUUCUGGGAAAAAAAUGCUCACAUUAAAUUGGUCACAGUUGUUGGAAACGGCAAUAGCCAGAAGUACCUGGACAGCGAUGGGGAAUGUUGACUGUGUGUUCUGUAGAGUUUAUUUUUCCAUAUUAUACAAAGAGGAUGAUCUCUUCUCAAAGACAGAGGUAAUAUUUUUAACAAAUAUUGUCACAAGUAAAUAGUAACCAUAAGGGGGAAAAAACUUUUGUAUUUUUUUAAAUGAGUUUGAUAGCUUUGAUGAGGGCUCUCUUUAUUACUUUCAGGGGGAAAGGCUACCAUAGUGAAUGCCAUGCCAUGCUGACAGUGCUUUGUCCACAUAGUCCACAUGGCUUAAGUUCAGUCACAAAGAUUAUUCCGUCUUCCCCAGUCUUGGAUUGUGAACUUGAUGGGGGCACUUGUGACUUCAUUAACAUUGCCACCCUGUGAUGUUAGUGGUUCAGAUAUUCCAGGGAGUAAAAAAGAUUUUCUGCCAGGGAAGAGAGCAUGGCUCUAAAUGUGUUCUUGAUGAAAAGAUGAGAUAGGACUUCAAGAUGGACCUCACUCAAUUGAUGGCAGCCAUUCAUUCAUGUGCCAGCUGCAUUCCUUUUCCUUGGUUUUGGAUAAGGGGAAACUGAAGAUGGAAGAACCUUAAUCAAAGGAAUGAGAAAAAUGGACUUAAACAUUACCAAUAGAAAACCCUUAAUUCUUUCAAGCCAGCACAGCAGAUAUUUGGGGAGCAGUUAUGACUGUUACAUAAAUAGGGAGAAAGCCAAAUUGUAAGACCUAUCCUGAUCCAAACAGGAAAAUGUCAGUUCAAGGCUCUGAGACUUUGGGAGCUAUUUCACCCCCUUCAUCUUCCACAUCGUCACUCAUGGUUUUGGUCAAGGGAUUUAAAUAGUUUUCCUCAAGUGAAUUAAUUGAAGGUUAGUUACAGUCGGGGCACCUAAUUCCACCCCUUCCACCCUGGAGAAACCUCUUGCCUCGGAUUCUAGCAAUUUGAUAUCAUGACAGUGGCAUUUUCCAUGACUCCUUCAUUGGUAUUAGUCCUAAACAAAGAGGAAAACAAAUCUGGGUUUGAAUCUGCACACUGUCCUUUUCUAUAUGACCUUGAGAGGUCAUUCAAGCUCUGGGCCUCAGUUUCCUUGUCUGCAAAAUGAAGGGGUUGGACUAGAUGACCUCCAAGAUUGCUAAAUCUCUGAUCUCAUAACUAAGUUGGUUAAGCCAAGUCUUCCGUGUCACUCCCAAACUUGCUGUCUCAGUGUCUUCCCUAGCAAAUGAUCACCUCUUCCCCAAAGACAAGAUAUUCCCACUUCAGUUUUCAUAAAAGCAUUUUUAAAAGCAUUCUGAUCUGUUGCACCUCUGUGACGAAUAAUGGUCUUCAGGAGCUCAGCCUUUAAGCAUGUGAAUGAAACCAGAGGGGUCCCCUGCAUGAACCCGGUGGCUUCCCACUCAAGGUGCUCUCUUGCUGCCACACUUAACAUUGAGCCCAUAUCUGAUGUGCAAAAGUGAUUUCAUCUGUAGUCGCAUUUGGCAGAUCUAGAAAUAGAUCUGGGAAAUGGGGUGGUUGAGCUGGUUGGCACGAAAUGCCUGAUUGUGUUAGCAACAUUCAAAACUGUCUGUUUUCCAUUUGUUGGGUCUAAUCAUAAAAUUGUCAAGUGACUUUGUGGUCAUACUUCAUUUUUCAAAGCCUUUUGAAGGGAUCUAAAACAAAAAUAUUUUGAUUCUUCCUCCUGUGCAGCCCACGAUUAGGCAGACACUGUUUCUGAUGCAGGGAAAAGAAUGAACUGAUUUAUGGGAGGGUGCAGUUCUGGUGACUGAUAACACAGCAGCCCUAGCUGAAGGGAAGGGAGGGAGGAGGCGCCCUACAGGUCUCCCAGGAUACCUCAACAGGGUAUUUGCUGUACUGAGUACAAUUCAAAGUACAGCUCCCGGGCUGUCAAUAGGCGUGGUGCAGCUGUCAACAAGACUUAAGGUGGUGUUAUACAUGCCUCAUGUGCUUGGAGUGGCGGUGUUAUAAAAGAUCAGGAGUAUAUAAAUGUAGCCUUCUUUUCAUUGGAAGGGAGUCAGGAUCACCCAGGACUGUCAUCAUAAUGGAGUACAUUUGUGCUCAUGACUGGCAGAGCCCUUUAAAGAAAAUGUGUGUCUGUGCUUUUUCUUAGACCCAGGCUUUGAACAAGAGUAGAUUGUUAGGGUCUGUUUGGGGAUACAUGAGGGCCUAAAGUCUAAGGCAAAGAAAUAAGGUCCCACAAAAACAGCAGCAGUCACCAACCAACCAACCUAUAAAAGAAAACAGUUCUCUUUCCACAGGCAGCAUAGCUAAAGACAGGAGACUGGGUUUGGAUCCUCUCAAUAACUAGUGACCUCACUCAGUUCAAUUCAGUAAGUACUUAUUAAGCACCUACAAUGUGUAAGGCAUUGUUCCAGGUGCUAGGGAUAAGACUACAGAAUGAAAAUUGAUCUAAAGAUCCCUACCUAGCUCAGUCAUUCUUUCCUCUCUGCCAGAAACCUAAAGCUUUAUUCAAAGGAGUAAAUUCAGUUUCAGGCUCCACUGGCAAAGUCAUGAAGAGAGAGAUCUCAGCCAUGUUGACAGGACAGGCAAAUGACCAUAUGAGAAAUGGCUCCCUGUAUGGCAAGGCAGCAGACAAUGGCAAGCACAGUCACUAAGGGGCCUACUUCAGGAAGGCCUUUUUGCUACCAUCCCAUUUCAGAGAUGAUCUAAUGUCCCCCCCUCUUCCUGAUUAAUCCAUGUCCCCCAAUGUCAGGCCUUGCAAAAACAUGAUGUCUAUAGGAAAGGAGUGUGAUUAUGCCAAUGACCUUACAUGAUUGUUAUUUGUUUCACAAAUAACAUGAGUUGUCAUAUUGAUUAGAAGGCCCAUGUUGAGAAGGACAGGAAGUGUGUUUAAAAGAUCGUUCAAAAAUUAAAUAAUAGGUAUUGUAUGUUGUGGUGGAAGGAACCCAGAAGGGGCAGCCAAGCAGACUUGGGAUAUCUGCCAUUUACUUACCUGGGUGAACUUGGACCAAUCACCUCUCUGGAUCCCAGUUUUCACCCCCAAUAUGAGGGGGAUUGGACUAGAUGACCUCUAAGGUCCCUUCCACUCAUUCUGUAACUAUAAAAAGACACCUACAAUGAACAUUUGUUGCUGAUUUAGAAAUGGUUGCGAGUUAGACUUCAAUCAUAUACCUCCUCUAUUCCACCGUUACAAAAAAAAAAAGGGCUUAAAUAUAAUUGCUUUGUAGGAAAAGAAAUGUCAAAGGAAAAACACUAACUCAUAAUAAUGCCUGUCUUUUGAUAUUUUUUUCCACAGAGGGAAAAUAAUUGGUAUCUGUACAAAAAAAAAUAAUUAGCCAACACUGUUAUUAGUUACUAGUUUACACAAUGUGCCAUCCAUAUUUUUGGAUUGAAAGACAUUUUCAGUUAUCUGUUUAUAUUCUCAGACAUCAGGCUUUUCUUUAAGCUGUCUAAAACCUCAAUAGAAAAAUGAGACCUGGUCUGGGAAGAGGUUCUGUAUGGUUAAGGGUUGGACUAAAGGGUAAUUUAACAUUGAAAAUUCUGGUUUCAUGAUGUCAUGUGAGUAGAUGACUGGACCCCAGUGCUACUGUGUUAAAACUUGUGUGAAACAGUUGGCUUUCACAUUGCAAGCGUCUCUGCAAUAAACCUUUUGGAAUUUCAUGAAUGAA